CGUCUCCUGCAGCCGUCGAAGGCAAAGAGUCACUGCUCUCAACAUUAGCAACAUGACGCUCUACGGCACCAUCCCUCCUCACAUCGGCAACCUCUCGUUUCUGUCUCUGCUCUGGCUUUCCAAUGAUAGCUUAGUCGGAACCAUUCCUGAAUAUCUGGCUCAGCUGCCUCGACUGAAAGUGCUCAGACUUGAUAGCAAUCACCUUUCAGGUUCAAUACCUCCUUCCUUUUUCAACAUGUCAUCGCUUAGUGAACUGCAGCUCGGGUCCAACAGUAUUUCAGGGACCCUGCCCUCUAAUGAUAGCGACUUCCAUCCGUUGUUCCCUCAGUAUAUGUCCAUAGAUGACAACCAACUCACUGGCAGCAUCCCGUCCAGCCUUUGCAGUAGUCGUACUCUUCAAAGUCUGAGCUUGAGUUCUAACCAGCUAACCGGGAACAUCCCGUCGCAGAUUGGAAAUAUGAAGCAACUUACUACCUUAUAUCUUGGAGGCAACAAUCUAACGGGUACCAUACCAUCCUCUUUAGGUAACCUGACUAACCUGUCCGAACUAGCCCUUAGCAACAACAGCAUCCACGGGAAUAUUCCCGAGGAGUUGGGUCGUCUCACGAACCUUGAUUAUUUGGAGAUUAGUGAGUGUGGUGGUAUUACUGGCCCCAUACCAAUUUCCCUUUCCAAUUUGUCAUUACUGACAGACCUUGAACUGAACUAUAACAGUCUCACCGGACCAGUGCGUUUGCAGUUUGGGAACAUGCCUCAACUUUACUAUUUAGACUUACAGUAUAACAAACUAACUGGAGCACUGGACUUCCUCGCGUCGCUUUCGAACUGCAGAGUUUUAGAUCAAGUCGACGUUAGCGGAAAUGAGCUGGAUGGCGUUCUUCCAUAUACCAUAGGUAAUCUUUCAAGGACUCUGACAUCGAUUGAUAUCAACUAUAAUCGUAUUAAGGGGGGAAUUCCUGUUGAGCUGGGUAACGUGUCUGGAUUGACCUAUCUAGACCUGGGCUGGAAUGAGCUAGCUGGGACGAUACCGUCUGAAAUCACAACCCUACAAGGCCUGCAAUACCUAGGUUUGGAUAAUAACAGGAUACACGGUUCCAUCCCACAUGAGCUCGGCCGAUUGAGCAACUUGAACUCACUCUACCUCUGCGACAACAGUCUUUCCGGAUCCAUACCUGACUCACUGGGUAACCUCACCGAACUAGAGAACUUAAUCUUUGCCGCUAACAGGUUAUCUUCAGCAAUUCCUGAAACUAAUGGGAGUCUGACUCGUCUACGAUUCUUAAAUCUGUCACAAAACCUUCUCACUGGAUCGCUGCCAUUAACAUUGUGGAACAUGUAUUUAUAUUCAUUCGAUAUAUCAGUAAAUCAGCUGUCGGGUAACCUUCCAAGUCCUCCGAAGUAUCUCGAAAUCAAUUAUUUAGAUCUAUCAAAUAACUCAUUCGACGGGCACAUUCCUGAAUCAUUUGGUGAUCUUAUUAAUCUUGAGCAUUUGAACCUUUCUUGCAAUAAGCUCUCAGGUGUUAUACCCGAGUCCUUAGUCAAAAUCCGACAUCUCAGUGCCCUGAACUUAUCUUUCAACAAGUUGGAAGGAAUGAUUCCAAAUGGCGGUGCCUUUUUAAACGCCAGUGUCGUAUCUUUGAAAGGAAAUGCAGCAUUAUGUGGAGCACCCAUAUUAGGAUUUUCAUCUUGUAAUCCAUUUGAUUCCACACAUUCUAACUCAGGGAGGCAUUUGCUAAGGUAUAUCCUCCCUGUUAUUGCUUCUUCCGGAGUCCUACUUCUAGGUUUUUGCAUCUUUCUAAGAUUUUGUAGAAGGAGAGCCAAGAAUCUAGCCCCUCCUAGCAUGCUCUCUCCUACUCAUCAUAGAUUGAUCUCAUACUACGAGCUUGUUCGUGCCACUGACAACUUCAGCGAGAUAAACUUGCUGGGAAAGGGUGCAUUUGGUUCUGUGUACAGAGGGCUUUUAGAUGAUGGUCUUCUUGUUGCCAUAAAGGUCUUGAAUUUGGAAAUCGAAGGAGCUUCGAGGAGUUUUGAUGCUGAGUGUCUUGCUUUGAGGAUUGUUCGACACAGAAAUCUUGUUAGAAUCAUCAGCGCUUGCUCCAACACGGAUUUCAAGGCACUCGUACUCCAAUUCAUGCCCAAUGGAAGUUUGGAAAGAUGGCUAUACUCCCAUAACUAUUGCUUGAGCUUGCUUCAAAGGAUUGACAUCGUAAUCGAUGUAGCUUUAGCUAUUGAUUACCUUCAUCACCACCAUUUUGAGGUUAUACUGCAUUGUGAUCUAAAACCGAGCAACAUUCUUCUUGAUGAAGAAAUGGUUGCACAUGUCAGCGACUUUGGCAUUGCAAAGCUAGUGAGUGGUGUCAGCUGGAGCGUAACCUCAGCAAGCACGACAGGGACAAUUGGCUAUAUUGCUCCAGAGUAUGCAUCAACUGGAAGGGUCUCCACAAAGGGAGAUGUCUAUAGCUUUGGAAUAUUGUUGCUAGAGAUCUUUACGAGAAAGAAGCCUAUUGAUCCUAUGUUUAUGGGGGAAUCAAGCUUGCGACGAUGGGUAAAUGAUGCAAAACCUACCGGCCUGUUAGAUAUUGUGGACUGCAAUCUCUUGAAAGAUGAAAAUGGAAAUGGAAGGCCAAAAAACUACUUAGUUUCAACACAGGCCUGUCUAUCUUCCAUCAUGGAGUUGGGGAUUAUCUGUUCAAGUGACUCGCCAAAAGAAAGGCUUGCUAUGAAAGACGUUGUUCCACAGUUGCAAAAGAUCAAGAUGAAGUAUAUGUCUGAGUCUUGUGUUGGUUGAAGCAUGACAAUGAUGUAUUAUGAAUUUACUUGUAUGCAUACAGGUUUCUUACCAGUUAUAUCAAGAGUAAUGCGUAUUAUGAGAUUCUGAGGCAACUAUGAGAAGCAUUUUAGUAACUUUUAUUUACUAGAUUUUGUUGAUAACAUAUAGUUUUCGUUUUAUUU